UUGCUAACUCGUGUUGGGACGCAAAUCGUGGGCCAAAGGACUACUAUGCUAAUGCAACCAGUUAUGCAUAACACUCAUUAUAACUUAAGGCUUUGUUUAACAGGCUAAGAUAUAUUUCUCUAUAUUUAACAAAGGUUUUAGUAUUUUACUGUAACAGGUAAACCGCAAAUCUGUUUUGAAGAAGGAAUUUUUUUAACGAAUAAUCUUAAAAACUACUGGACGAAUUAUUUUCGAAAUGAAAUGUACUGUUGUGGGACGCUAGACAGCCAAAGUUAUUUAAUAAAAUCGCUUUGAGUAUUUCAAUAUAACUUCUCAAUCGCAAAUGUAUUUUUAACCAUAUACUAGCAAAUAUUAUUUUAACACGAUGCCUAUACGCAUCUAAUUCGAAGCAUAUAUUCCCUCUUCAGACAUUUAGAUAUGAAUAUAAAACAUAUUGAAUAUUGAUUAAUUUCAUAGUGCAUCUCAGCAACUUAUUAUUAUAAAUUAUCUGUCAAGUUGCAGUAGCCAAGGUUAGACUUUACGCACAUGUGGGCGAGCUGCUUGAACAUAAUAUUAAUUAUUCAUACUUGUACAGGCAAUUUGAAUCCAUUAGCGCUGUUGUUUAACAAUCAUAUAACAUAAUUACAAACAUAUACCUAAAAGGCCAGUUAUGAUUAUCGAUGUUAGAGAGAAAAAUGUGUUACGUCUAAAUUUUCUCAACAGUUAAAACGCAGAUCGCCAAACUCUCGCGCCAAACUUUCGCGCCAAAACAGUGACGUGUGUAUCGAGUACGGCUGCAGCGUGCAGUCGUUGGUGAGUGAAUAGUGUAAUGUAAACGAGCAUCCAUACAUGGCAGGCGCCGGCGUGCGGCAGGUAACGCAUCCCGGCUCCCGGCCGAGUUCAGAAUUAGCCCGCCGCAAGCCGAUACAUUACCAAAUGGGAAUCGCGCCUGCCAAAUAUGGCACGAAUCUCGAGUUUCUCGCUGGCAGAGCACCAGGCUGCGCGAACCUCUCUAUUCCCGUCUAAUGCUCGUGAAAAACACGUAAAAACGCAUUUAUUUCUGUAGCGAGCGGCCUCUAAAUUUAGGCCGUAUGGAAACCGAAAGCUAUAGCGAUUUUGGUCGGCUUGCCUCGAUAUAGAUUAGUGUGCGUCGCUCGCGUCCACACGCACGCUCCUCCAGCGUCCCUGUUGCAGCGGUGCAUCUACUGCCGAGGUCUGCGGACCCACAGCUGACGUCACCGACCUGGAUGUCACUCGACAUGCUGCCCGAGGGUGGAGAAGUAAUGCGUCGGGUGGCCUGCGGCGAAGGAUGUCCUGCGCCUGCGCCCCUACCGCCGACUAACAGAUUAUCAGAAAAUAAGGAAUUGCUUCGUCAACAGCUGUUAUCAUCUAGCAAAGAACGUAACAGCGAAAAAGUGGAGCCAAAAGUUAAACAAAUUCGGAACAGACAAAAAAAUAGGUGGAAGCUCAAAUUUCACCACCAAGCAUUGCCACAGGAAUAUCUUGAUCAUUACGAGCAGAGCCUCAAGGCUUCAGCUAAGAAAAAACCAACAGAAAAACUCAAAGAGCAAGGCGACGUUAAUAUUACCAAUGAAGCAUUUAAAUUGUGGGCUCAGCGUCUAGCUGGCGCACAAAACGACGGAAAUCGGAGUGUUUCUCAAGCGGCGGUCAACAUGACUGCCAAGACCAAAGAAGACAAGAAGAAAAAAGCCGGAGUGGCUCCGAGUAAAAUUAUGACGUACGACGACCUGCCUUACAUGGGUGAGAUGACACUUAAUAAUUCUAAGCCCAGGCGCGGCCGCAAACCAAAAAAAGCUGACAUCUGCCAUCUAAUAUACGAAAACUAUGGAACAGUAGUACCCGGCCAGCCUUCACCCGGUGAUAAAUUAGGCUCUACGACGUGCCAACAAUUCAGAAACACUGCCGCUCCCACUAAAACAAAUCUUCAGAACAAAAUUAUUACAAGUUUAUUAGAAAGAAAGCUGUCACAGGAAAACAAAAGAAGACUAGAGAAUCCCACGCCUCCCAAAUUUUGUAGUCCAGACGAGCCUAUGCCGGAGGCGCCACUUACUACCGCUGGUCCCUUACACAGCGAUGAUGAACCCCUGAAUCUAUGCAUUAGAGACCUAAGAGACUUAAAAAUACAGAUUCAAAAGAAAUUUGGUAACAUAUACACGUCAACGCCAGAAAUCAAAGAUGAAAUUGAGGGAGAUUCAGACAGCAUCAAGAGUGAACAACCAAACGCUAUAUCAGUUAUACAGAGAAACACCAACCUUCCUCACACAGCCAGCAGCUCACCUGACCUUUCAUACCAGACGAGGAAUGUCUCUCCCACCCUAUCUGAACCGGCUCAGUCCACUACUAAUGCAGAUGAUGAAAAGUUUCCUGGAUACGUAUAUUGGCCCAACGCUGGCAUAUAUAUGCAUCCAUUGGCAAUACAAACACAACUCCUGUAUUACCAAAAGCUGGCAGCUGCUGGACAGUUGCCACUAACUCAGGACAGAGUUAAACUAACACAAACAAGUGCUAACAGUCCCACAGAAAAGUCAUUCGAUGAAAAUAAAAAUAAACUAGUAUUGAAGCAAAUUUCGGAACUUCUAGAACCUAAAAUGAUUCCACAAUCGGGAGAUAAAAGCCCAGAGCCAACCAAAAAAAGAGUUUCACCAAAUCCUAAUCAAGGCCCUGUAAAAAGGAAGCGAUCAGCAAUUUUUAUUCCACCUAUGCCUGCUCGGAACAACUCGUCCACGCCUACUGCUGAAGUAAGUAUUUGCAAAUUUAAAUUUACUGGAGGCUCGAAACCAUCAUUACAAGAAAAGAAAAUGCUUUCUGUAGACUCUGGUGGUAACUUUAGGUACUACAGUGGAACUGGUACAAAAGGAACAAAGGGCUACGACUACAUCCAAAAGAACAAUGAAGAGAGAAUACAUUCGAUAGCACCAACACCAUCGAUUUCCCCACCACAGAAAAGCUUGGUGCUCAAGGACGAUCUCAGUAAGAAGAAGAGAAAGUCGAGAAAGACUUUACAAAGGGAGAAGUUGGAACAGACAUUCAAAGAAAAAGGGUUUUUAAUACAGACACAACAGUUGCAGUCCGCAGAAGGCGCUACCUAUUGUAAAUUCAGGCAAUUGAGAAAGUUUACGAGAUAUCUGUUUAGAAGCUGGAAGGACUAUCUUCCCGGUGAAUUAGAAGAGAGAACGGCGCAAGAGAAUUCGGAAGGACAGGCCACUGCGGCCAAUGAGGCUGGUGAAUGGGGGUGAUCACUGGAAGAUAAUAUUCAUGGCUUGACUUGUCGACCGCCGUCGGUCGUUAAUGCAUUUAACUUACAUUAAUUAUCGAAUAAUUUGAUUGAAUUUGACAAUCACGUUGCCGUCCAAUGUAGUGUGAACAUAGAAAUAAUUUUAAAUAUAAUUAACAGUGUGUUGGCUGUUUUAAAGACUUAAAAAAUGGAGUUAGUUUAAUUAUUUCUAUUUAAGAGUACUUACUCAACUAGUCAUAUAGAACCUCUUUUUACUAUUUAUAUAUUAACUAAUUACUAAAUUAAUCGCAGACAGUCAAGAGUGAUUUUUAAUUUGUGAAAAACGUGUUAUAUUGAAUUUAACUUUUCCAUCCUUUUAUAGCCUUAAACAAAGUUGUAUAUGUGGUUGUGUGUACGGUUCCCAUUAUUUAUAUGUAAAUAAUGUAGAGUGGAUCUAGUCAUUUUGUUAAAUUAAUUAAAACAUUUUAUACUGAAAUAAAGUUUAUUAACGCGUUUACAAAGUAAAUGCAAAAGGAAUGUAAACCAAUAAACAACUUUAACUCAAAUGUGUAAUAUUUUACGGAAGACAAUUGUUCCUUUAAACACUGUCCAUCAUAGAAAUAAAUCAACAAAUUGGUCCCGAACAAAGCAAAUAUAAAAUUACAUAAACAUACAUAGUACCUUACAUACAUAACAUUAUAUGCACAACCAUUCUAUAGACAUCACAGAAAAUAUAAUAAGAAUAUAAAAAAACGAUGUGCAAUACAUUAUCCUUAAAACUACCCAUAUCGCCCAAAUCCUCGCUAAGGCACUUUCCGUAUAAAUCUAUAAAAAUCCUCAAUAUAUAUGUAUAUAACAAUAUAACCUAUGUAUAAAAAUAUGCAUUCUGUGGCCACCGCAGACACGGGACCAUGUGUGCGGUGAAUAAGGAACGAAACCAUAGUCAACGGCAUAGUCUAUGGUUGAAAUUUAACAGGAACAAUAGCAUUUUGGCUUAAUAUUGCAGUUUGGAAUGAAUUCAGAAUUUCAACUCUCAUUUUUAACAUAUUUUCUUAUUUUAAAUGCUAGAU